CAGUGCCGUGCGCGAAUACGCCGUCGUUACCGAGUGAAGUGCGUCUCUUUGGAGCAGAUACCGGCUGAGAGAAACGCAGCAACAAGAGAAAGGAAUAUAUUUCGGGCUCGUUUUCCACCUGGGGUUUCUCCGCGCACCGCGCAUCCUCCCGACAACACCAAAUUUGACCCGAGAACUCGAUGUUUAAGCUGGGCUGAGGAAAGAAAGGGCCACGCUGGGGAAGGCAACUAGCCGAAUUACCAAACCGAGCUCGUUGGAGUAGCUUAGUUGCUUCCCAAGCGACGCUUUAAAAAGGAAGGAGCGGACACAUUCAGCCUAAACAGUGGUGAAAAUGGACUAUGAUUUUAAAGUGAAGCUGACCGGCGAAAGAGAGCGUGUCGAGGACCUGUUUGAGUACGAAGGAUGCAAAGUGGGAAGAGGCACCUACGGCCAUGUAUACAAGGCGAAGAGAAAAGAUGGGAAGGAUGAUAAGGACUACGCCCUCAAGCAGAUUGAAGGCACUGGCAUCUCCAUGUCAGCCUGCAGAGAGAUUGCACUUCUCCGGGAGCUGAAGCACCCCAAUGUCAUCUCACUGCAGAAGGUUUUCCUAUCACAUGCAGACCGUAAAGUGUGGCUGCUCUUCGACUACGCCGAACAUGAUCUCUGGCACAUAAUUAAGUUCCACAGAGCAUCCAAGGCUAACAAGAAGCCACUUCAGCUGCCUAGAGGAAUGGUCAAGUCCCUGCUCUACCAGAUUCUGGAUGGCAUACAUUACCUCCACGCCAACUGGGUCCUUCACAGAGACCUUAAACCAGCUAACAUUUUAGUGAUGGGUGAAGGGCCAGAGAGGGGUAGAGUAAAAAUUGCGGACAUGGGUUUUGCUCGUCUCUUCAAUUCACCAUUGAAGCCUUUAGCCGAUCUCGACCCUGUGGUAGUCACCUUUUGGUACAGAGCACCUGAACUGCUGCUGGGGGCUCGGCACUACACCAAAGCCAUCGACAUCUGGGCGAUUGGCUGCAUCUUUGCAGAGCUGCUGACGUCUGAGCCUAUAUUCCACUGUCGCCAGGAGGAUAUCAAGACCAGUAACCCUUACCACCAUGACCAACUGGACCGUAUCUUUAACGUUAUGGGCUUCCCUGCUGAUAAAGACUGGGAGGACAUCAAAAAGAUGCCAGAACACUCCACACUGAUGAAAGACUUCAGAAGAAACACAUACACAAACUGCAGCCUUAUAAAGUACAUGGAAAAACACAAAGUCAAACCAGACAGCAAAGCAUUCCACUUGCUGCAGAAGCUGUUGACCAUGGACCCCAUCCGUAGAAUCACGUCAGAGCAGGCCAUGCAGGACCCCUACUUUUUGGAGGAGCCCCUGCCAACCUCUGAUGUGUUUGCGGGCUGCCAGAUUCCCUAUCCUAAGAGGGAGUUCUUGACAGAGGAGGAGCCAGAAGACAAGGCAGAUAAAAAAAACCAGCAGCAGCAACAGGGAAAUAACCACACGAAUGGAGCGGGGCACACUGGUAACCCUGAAAACAGCCACGCCCAAGGCCCGCCUCUGAAGAAAGUGCGAGUUGUUCCGCCCACCACUACCUCAGGUGGCCUCAUCAUGACCUCAGACUACCAGCGCUCCAAUCCACAUGCUGCCUACCAGAACCCUGGACCAAGCACAUCACUGCCCCAAAGCAGCAUGGGAUACUCCUCUACCUCCCAACAGCCGCCCCAGUACUCUCACCAGACCCACCGCUACUGAGACAUCCCACCCAUACGCAAAUACAUUCACACACAUACAACGCCCUCGCCACGCCCACCUGAAAGAAUGUACUGAGGGAUGUGGGGGUGUCCAUGGCAACAGCAUCCCCACAUCACCCCACCCCUCAGAGGGCACCUUCUCUGCAGCAGUCCGUUAGGCCAGAAUGGCAUCAAAGUACACUUCUUCAAGAUAAAACACAGUAACCCCAGUAUUAGAAGCACCGCUAUAGAGCAAAAGCUAAUGGGAAACACAAGGCAGGAGUAUUGAGAUGCUCCCGACCUACGAAGCUGAGAAUCCAGACUGUUUUCUGUUAUUCAGACUAAAUCGAACCAGCCAGGAGAAGAUGGCUCAGUUUGGGGGGCACGUUAAUCUGCUGUUUCACCCCCCCUCCCCUCCUUCUUCACCUGUCUCUACACACACUCUGCCCCAGCCAGUUACCCUCUUCCUGUCGAAGCUUGGAUGAGGCUGAAAGCUGCUAUGUGACUGCCAGCAUUGACAGAUUCCCUGUCUGUCUGUCCUCCUGUCUGUCUACCCAUUACUUUUUUUGUGUGGCCCUGUGAGGGCCUCAGCUGAGGACUGACCUGAGCUGCUGUGAAGCAUGCUGGGAAGAUAUGGAGCCCCCACAGCUGUGGCAUUGAGGGUUUUUUGUUCAGAAAGGACAAAAAAAAGAAUGACAAAAAAAGAUUUUAGUAGUUUAUAAUUUAAUCUCUUUUCAUGGUUUUGUUCUUAUGGUAAGAGUGGCGAUGCAGCUUGUGCUGGAUGAGUGUUCAGCUGCUGUACGCUGUGGGCAAGCCUUACAACAUGACAAAACCAACCAAUAGCAUGGAGGAUGGCAGAUGGAACAUGCAUUGUACUGUAUUGUAUUGAAAUAUUUUACAUGAAGCAAGUAUCCUGACAAUAAAAGUGGAAACAUUGAUA